AUGAAAGACGAAGAUGAAUGUCAAUACAUAAACAAAUUGACAACAGGGGAGCUUCAAGAAACCACCAACAAGUGCGUGUUUAUCAAUUCAAGGCGUCGUGACUUGUUGUAUUGUAUGCAUGAGAGAAAUAAAUCAAAUAGCAAGAGCGAUCCCUAUCGGUAUACUCUUAACCAAAGGGCCACAGAAACCAAGUCGAGGAAAUUCGCUAAAUUGCGUCAAAAUACAAAACCUGAAAAAGUAAAGGGAUCUGAAGCAUAUCUUUCAAAGCAUCCGGCUCCGACCGUUAACGUUCUUCAAUUUGCCGAGUGCUUGAAAGUCAGGGCAAGAGUUCAUGGGGCAUUGCCCACAUAUUACACGAAUGAAUACAAUGAACAUCACAACCAUCAUUUACUUCCUUUCCGAAAGAUGAAGUUAUCUUCGAUCGUUAACAGGCAGCAGUCUGACAGCCAUCUAUCAGCAAAAAUUUGA